ACAAGGUCCAGCUCUGGCAAUGACCAAGAUUCAUAUAAGAAGAUGUAUCUAAAUAUCUCAUCGGAGCUGUCCAAACUCAGAGAGACCCUCUGUGGGCCAGCAAACGCCAAUAACACAGAACAGCUCCAGUGUAAAUACUGCCCACGCAACUGGGUGCUGCACCAGCAGAAAUGCUACAGCUUCUCUGAGGAGAAGAGGAGCUGGAAUGACAGUGCAGAGUACUGCAAGUUGCAGAUGGCCAGACUGGCUGUGCUCAGCAGCGAGGAGAAGGUGAGAGGAGGCUGGAGGUGUACCUGCAGUGCAAUCAAAUCAGAAGUGGGCAUUUUUCAAGGCAAAGGUUUCCCUUGA